AUGCGAUCCAUCUGCCUCAUUGCUCUCUUCAUGGAUAGUGUGACGCUUGUCCUUGCUGAUUAUGCCUCAGGUCUCAUAGAGGCCCCUGUUCCUGAACGGGCGUCCACGAACGGGGAUAUCCUUGCAAAGAUUACCGAGCUGGCGAUUGGAAAAGCUAGCGAGUCUGCUCCCUUGAUCGAGUCAACCCCAGCCAAGUUCGUUGGUUGGAAGGGCGACGCUGGCGCCAAUGCUCGCGAGCAUCAAGGCGAGCUUGCUGGUAUCGCUGAUGCUGAUGGGCAUCAAAUCAUCUCGACAGCAUAUCGUCCUGGUAACGUCGAAGACCACUUUGAGACAUGUGUGCAUCAGCUGCAUAGCAAUCAAGAUCACAAGGAGCUGUUGGAAUAUCUGAGAUCUAGUUUGAUACGCGGCAACGACCUCGUCAAGUUGCAAGAGCUUGUGAAGGAGGGAAGCGUUUUCAAAGCGGCGAAAGCUAUCCACACACAACGAAAAUCGCCGCAUUCUGUAGAGUGGGACAACUUGAAGACGGCGGAGUUCCUACAGUGGAUCAUGGAAAAGAAGAAUCCUGUGGACGUCCAGAACCUUUUGGUGAAGAGCGGCGGCGAGGGCACCGAAGCUAUCGCGCUCGAAAUCGCCAUAAGCUACGAGAAUUAUGUACGCGCGAUAGGAAUUACUUACGACAGAAGUGGUUGA